AUGGUCAGAUGCUCCACCAAGCGCCUCUGCAGGCUGGUCAUUGCAGAAUGCGAGGCGGAAGCGCGGGCAGACGCUUCGAGCGGCAGCUGCAGUGUGGCACAGGCCCUUGCCGUCCGCUUAGCCUUGCGCUUCGAAUCCAGACCGAAGGAUAUCCUGGUGAGCAUGAGUGAAGCCGGUCUUCCUGCUGCCAAAGAUCAGCGCUCCACGGUGAAGACCAUCAUGCGGCUCUGCCACCCGGACAAGUGCAAACACCCCGAGGCCAAGCGAGCGAUGCAGAUCCUGGGGCCUCUGCUGUCCUGA